CUGGAGAAAAAAAGGACCCUAAGAGGAGGGAGAUGAGGAGACCAAAUUAAAGAGGGAGGGAAGAGGAGCUCACAGCCAUGUUUGAGGAAUAUGAGGAAAACAUAUUGUUGAACUAUCACAAAAUAACAGGUGGUGCUUAGGAAAGGUCAGGAGCUGAGGGUUUCUCUGAGGGUAUGGAUGGUAUAGCGGAGCUGCGGUGAGGGCUCUGGUCUUGCAUCCGGGAAGUGCUGACUUGUGGAUUGAAGAUGCGGGUCAGUGCCUGGCUUGUCUGUGUGUCCUGGCUCUUCACCUGGGCAGCGUAUUCGGCAAGGUGCAAGUGCCAAGACAUGUGUCCAUCAGAGCAGGGACUGGAGAAGAGGUCAAAGACCCGGGUCAAGGAGCACGUUCGUCACAGCGUUGGACAUCAGCACACGCUCCACAGGAAGAGGCCACUCCGCAGAAAAGGUUCCAGAGUUCAUAUGGAAGAGACCCCGCCCCGUAUCGUCCUCAACCCCUCUGACGUGGUAGUGAAAGUUGGGAAUCCCGCUUCCCUCUCCUGCCGCGCCGAUGGCAGCCCCAAGCCAACCAUCGAGUGGCUGUACAACGGUCAACCCCUGGAGACAGUGAAUGGAGAUGGGUACUGGCAGUCCAUGGUUCUGUCAGAGGGCAGCCUCUUCUUCCUGAGUGUCGGAGGGGGCAGGCGAGGUCAGGCACAGGAAGGUGUCUACACCUGCGUGGCCAGGAACAGUGCAGGGAAGGCCACCAGUCGAAAUGCGUCACUGUAUAUCGCAGUGUUGCAGGAGGAGUUCAGCGUGGAGCCUAGUGAUGUGGAGGUGGCAGAGGGGGAUGUGGCUGUCUUAAACUGUGGCCCCCCAGCGGGACACCCUCAACCUAACGUCGUCUGGAAGAAGGAUGGCUCGCCGAUAAACAGCAGUGACCACCACUACACUGAGCUGAGUGGAAAGCUCAUCAUCGCUCCUGCAGAGAAGAAACACUCUGGUGCUUAUGUGUGUGUGGCCAGUAACACUGUGGGAGUGAGAGAGAGCAGAGCGGCUCGGCUCUCUGUGAUGGCCAAGCCUGUUCUGAUGCUGAAGCCAGAAAAUGUGUCGGUGAAGAUGGGGGAGUCUGCCCAGUUCUACUGCCAAGCCAAAGGUGACCCUCCACCCACUGUGCUCUGGAGCAGAGAGCAGGGGCCACUUCCUAACGGCAGGUACCUUGUAAACCCAGACCAGACUCUCCAGAUCCAUUAUGUGACAGCCCAGGAUGCUGGGAAGUACAUCUGCACUGCUGUAAAUGUUGUAGGUGUGGUCACUGCCAGCGCACAGCUACAAGUUGAAGAGGUUGCCAGCACUAUACAGAAAGACCUUCACAAAGAGCUGUCCACCCUGCGAGUGGCUCUGGAAAAUGUCACCAUCAUGGCCCCUGGGUCCAACAUAUCCCAAGUACAAUGGAAGCUCCAGUUCCUCCCGGCACAGCCACAUUACCUUGAUGGCUUCGAGGUUCUCUAUCGCUGCCUGCUGCCUGCCAGCUCGGACUGGGCAGCAAAGAAGGUGACACUGCCCAGCUUCCAGACUCAGGUGGGCCCUUUAAAGAGAGGCUACAAGUACGAGUUCAAAGUUCGUCCCUAUGGAAGUAGCUUGUAUGGAAGGGAGAGCAACACCCGGCACUUCAGAGUUCCAGAGACGGUUCCCAGUGCCUCUCCGCUGGCUGUGUCCAUCACAGUGAACCAUGAGCUGAAUAACACCAUCCACCUGAGCUGGGAGCCUCCUCCUCAUGAAACCCACAACGGUGUCAUCCAGGGAUACCAGGUGUGGUGUGUGGAGUCUGAGGAGCAGCAGUAUCAGAACUGGACAGUGGACAGUGGAGAACACAGCCUCGAUAUCUCUACUAUCAAAGCAGGGAAACGAUACUGGCUCACCAUGGCAGCUGUCAAUGGAGCCGGAGUUGGAACACCGUGUGACCCCCAUGGAUUUGUCAUCAACACACAGAUAGGGGGCCCCCCUGAGUCAGACAUCCAAAGACGACAUCUGUCUCAGAUCCUGUUUCAGGACCCAGUGUUCAUCGGCAUUAUUGGCGCCCUCCUGUGGUGUGUUCUGAUGGUUGCAGUUGUCUACCUCUUCAGACGCCACAGCAGGACAGGCCACCUCAUACCAGGACAUGGCAAAGUGAAAGGUUUACGCAGACUGGCCAGUGACGAUCUCAUUAUUAAACACAGCAUGGCGGCUCCAGACUCCCCAUGGAUCUCUGGAGGCUGGAGACCUGCCUUCAGCCAGAAGUAUCAGGACUUAUGGGCCCAAGGCCAAAAACAUCCAGGAAUCAGGAGCACUAGUCUCCCAGUCUCAUCCAAGAAGGACCCCGGCCGUCUGGACUCAGUUGUCCCCAUUGCGACCGACAGCUGCGGAGUUUAUGGCACUUUUUACGUGGACCUGAUGGGAAACGGCCUCAAGACCUUCAACAGUCCUGGGCCUCGCACUAAAAUGCCUCACGGCCUGCAACAUCAGCAGGGAGCUGAGACCAUCCGGAUAUUCCCUCAGCCUGUCGCAAAGACCUUGUCCCUUGGCAGCCGUGACGUGCUGCCAUGGAAACAAGCCAUACGUCCCCAGCCCAAGAUGGGUGUGCUGAGAGAGUCAUGGGAAAAAAACAACAGCAAGCAAGAGCUGCAUGCAGUAAACAGUGUCCCCAUAGUGCCAACCAGAAAGCAGGCUUGUCCCUCCAGUGUCUACAAGCAGAGACUCAGUCACAUACCACCAGGUCGACAUGGUGGAUGUCCAGAGUGUAGUGACGUUGCUGGCUGUCCUCGCCUGCUGCAUUACUCUGCGUCAGUCCACCUAGUGGACAUGCUGCCCCCACCACCACUGAUGCCCAUAGACAGCAGCAUGGACACACACAGCCUGACCUCUGAUGAAGGCUCCAGUCGUUCCACAAAGCUUACAGUGGACAUGGGCUCUCUCCAGUCAGUGUGUGAGGAAUCAGGCCAGCAUGGGCACCCAGGACUCACCGCCAACAGCUGCCCCUCCCACAGCCACCUGUCUACUGCAUCCUACACUAUGUCACUGGAUGAUGACCAUGGAGGCACACUGACAGCUCAGGAAGCCACCCAGUACCUAGAGCUCAGUCCUAAACCAGAGAGAUGCAGUGCUCUGCCUGAACAGCGUUCCCUCCUGUCCCACACCUUCUCCCCGAACCUGAGCUACAUGUGUGGGCCAGUACGCGACACUCAGCUGGAGGAUAACUUUUCCACUGAUGAGCUUGAAGCGCCACCAAUCGGCCUGCGACGUGCCCGCCUCCAGAGCACGCCUUCCUCCUGCUACAGCGAGUGGGACAGCUCCCUGUGGAACACCUGGAGCUCAGUCAUGGACAGCGACAUGGCCAGCACCCGCACCAGCCUCAUCAGCUCCGUGGAUAGCUGUUACACCUCUGACAGUGCACACUUUGCCCACCUGCUGGCUGUGGCAGCAGACUCUAUGAGUGGAGCCUCUUUGUCAGACUUUUCUCCGCCGGCUUCCCCCCUCAGCGCCUUGUACCCGUCGUUUCAUGCAGAGGGCGACUCGUUCGGAGAGCCGGAGCCGGAGCCUGUUCCUGCGUGGGACUGGAGCAUGGCCUGGGUGGAGGAAAUGGAGGCGAGGUACAGAGCCCGCUAUCCCAGCAGAAGCAUCAAACCCUUUAACGCUUAGGGACCCUGCGUCGUGGAAACGUCACCAGUGAGUCCUGAGAACUUCAGAAACACCCCACAGCAACGGCAGAAGUGCAGGACGAGGACAGGGCUCAGACAUGAUGCUGCAACAUUCAUUGAUUUACGUUAAUGGAAAUGAAGUAGGAAUGGAAGUGCAGGAAACAUCAUUGAAGUCUGAGUCAGUCAGGCGUGUAGUGGUUUCUCACACACAAAGAAAGAAUUGAAGUAUAAUUGCAGCUCACUCCUUGAUGUUUGGAACACCUGUGCCAGGAGAUGCACAUCUGCUGUUGUUUGCCUGUAAAACCCUUCCCAGUUUACCUCAGGACAGUCCGCCUACUAUUUUGCAUCCUUUAAAUGACUUUCACUGAGUUGCUUGUGUUUUCCUCUCAUUAGAGGAGCGGAUAAUGAGACACUUCCCUCAGGACGCUCUCAGCCAGUGUAUUUUGAAAAGGCCAGACAGACACAAAGACAGGAUGCAAGACAGGGAGACAGCAGUCAUUAGGCAAAAAAAAAAAAUACAGCACUACACACUUUUUUUUAUUCUGUUCCAAACACAUUGCAGCUCAGUGAUUCUGUACAGAUUUGAUUUACUGACCAAAUGUAAAUAUGCAGCUUAUUCAACAGAUGUUAUUUAAAGAAUUAUAAACACUUUCCAAAUCAUAUACUGUCGUUCUGUUUCACAUUCUGAGAAUUCUUUUUAUAUUUUUUGUCUUUAUGCACCCUGUCCACUGUUUCAUGUUUGCAAUGUAACGUACUGUAGUUCAGAGUCACUUUGUUCACAUUUAUUUGAACUGACAUAGGUCUAACCUUUAACCAAGUUGAAUUUUAGAUAUAUAUAUUAAAUACAAGUUUAGCUUAGUCUUUGCAUGCUUGCUGGUUUUUAUAUUUCUAAAAAUAUAAAUUCACUAAUGGUUGUAGCGUCAAAGUUUUACAUUUUGUAAGAAUUUGUAUUUGUUUUUGUACACAUUACAUUACAGAUGUGUUUUAUAGUUUUGAAUAAAAUCGUUGUAUCGCUUGAAAUCAAUUUGCAGGAGCCUUAACGAUAUGUGGAUGUGUCCGAGUUGAGCUGUAAAAUAAAAGCUCCUGCUGACACAGUUAGAAACCAAAUUCAACUGAAGGCAACAUUAUUCUAUUUUUCCCUCGUGUCAUUUAAAGUUUAAAAGAAAAAUACCUCUCCACACGGUGACUGCGUUGUAAAAAAAACCUUCAGACUCCCUUCAGAUGAUUUAAGGAGCUUUGACACGUCCACCUUUCAGGAUGUAUUCGCAGUUUCUCGCGGGGGGAUUUUCCACUUUGCUGCUGGAGGAAGUGAAGUAUCUUUAAAUUCCACACUGUCCCUCUGCGUCCUGUGGGCUGGGUUUUAAUUGACCCUGCUGUUCUAAAUGGCUAUGUAGAGCAUGAAGGUGAUGUUUAGACCUCAUCUGUUUGGCUUGACUAGCCAAGGCAAACAAUGCUGCAGUGCCUGAUAAUGGAUUCUAAUUACAAACCCAUUGGAGAGAAUAAUUAAACCUUAAUCAAUGGUUUGUUAUUACAAAAGCGGGAUGAGUGUAAUUUUAAACUUGCAGUGUAACUAAUAUUUCUCUAAAGUAAAAACUACGAUUUCCUCUGGUUUCUCCCUGAUUAAAGCAGAUUAUUUGUC